CCUUCAUCUUUUUCAUUAUACAGACAUUGAUCGACCGUUAUUUAUCAUGACUGAUUUCGAAAGAGAAAAACACAUUCAAUAUUUUUUGUCUAAUCUUAGAAUGUUACCAAGUCCAUAUACGGAAACAGAAACGAACAGAAUGACUUUGGCCUACUUUUGUUUGGGUGGACUCGAACUUUUAGGUGCCUUGGAAACAGUAGUAUCGGACCAUAAUAAAAAAGAUUGGAUAGAAUGGAUUUAUGCUCAACAGAUAUUACCAAGUGAAGAUGGCAAAAAUGAUCCUCAUUGUGGUUUUCGUGGUGCUCCUUGGUCUGGUGAAUGUUUUACCCCUAACAAGACCAUUAGUGAAUACCACUAUUACGAUUCCAGUCAUAUUGCCAAUACGUAUACUGCAUUAUUGAAUUUGCUACUUUUAGGUGAUGAUUUAUCUCGUGUCAACCGAAAGGCUAUUGUGAAUACUAUUCGAUGCUUACAACAAGAAGAUGGAAGUAUAGCGCCUACAUUUGACAGCUUGGAAAGGGAUGUACGUUUCAUUUUUUGCGCAGCAGCGAUAUCUUACAUAUUGAAUGAUUGGAGUGGGUUGAAUAUUGAAAGAACAGUGGAACAUAUCAAGUCAUUACAGUCUUAUGAAUAUAGUAUUGGACAAUGCCCUGGGGAAGAAGCUCAUGGUGGAUCGACCUUUUGUGGUGUUGCUGCUUUGACUUUGAUGGGCAAACAAGAUGAAGGAUUACUGGAUAAAGAUCAAAUGGUGAAAUGGUGUCUUGAUCGACAAUCUACCGGUUUCCAAGGAAGACCUAACAAACAGCCUGAUACUUGUUAUUGUUUUUGGAUUGGAGCAAGUUUGAAGAUGCUCAAUGCUUUUCAAUGGAUCAAUCAUGAAAAUUUACGAGGAUUCCUGAUGACAACACAAACAAAAAUGGGUGGAUUUGGUAAAGAUGAUAAAUCAUUUCCAGAUGUUCUUCACUCAUAUAUGGGUAUUGCUACACUAUCUUUACUUGGUGAACCUGGAUUACGUACAAUGGAUGAAGCUGUGAAUUUACCAACAACUGGGAUGGAACGACUGAAACAAAACUGUGUAUUUUGGAACGCAUCGCAAGAUACCUCUUUAUAAUGACCUUUAGAAUAGUAAUAGUUUUGUAGUAUAGUAUAUAAUAUGGUAUCAUCAGUUAGAUUUGAAUUGUAUCAAUAAAAAAAAAAGGAGGGGUUGGAUGAUGAUGUAGAUGAUUCUAGACGAUAA